AUGGUUUCGCAUACCGCAUUAAAACCUGUGGAUGGUUUUUGCUACCAAUUACCGAACCUUCUCGACGCUACGGAACUUAAAAUAGGUUUUCCAGGAUUUAUCGAUAAAGACCAUUGGCCACUAAAUAGUCCCGAUCUUAAUCCAUUGGACUACUGUAUUUGGGAUGAAUUUGUGAAAGUUAUCGACUGGAAUAAAGUGACAUCUAAACCAACCGUGAUUCAAGAACUAAAACAUGCGGUAAAAAAAAUUCGAAAAGAAGUUGUGUUUGAAAGUUGUGCUUCUUGCACCAAUCGAUUGUAUCGCAUGUCACAAAAUAAUAGAAACUAUUUAAAAUAAUAAAAAUAUCUACUCUUGUAGAGAAUUUGAUGAGGAAUCUUUCUAUGAAAAAAACAUUUUUUUCUAACUU